AUGGAUGGUUUUAUGAUCACUUCACUCGUUGAUCAAGUGUUGGCUGGGCACAAACGAAGUGACAAUGGCUUUACCACAUUUCAAGUAUCUAAGGCAAUUGACAGUGUUAACAAUGGAUGCAGGGUCAUGGUUUCAGAUAAGAAUGUAAGGGCGAGGUUAAAGACUCUUAAAAAAGAGCAUACUGAAGUUCACCAAUUGCUAAAUAUGAGCGGUUUUGGGUUGAAUCCCCAAACUGGACGCAUUGUAGCUGAUGCCAUGGCUUGGGACGAUUUUAUUAAGGGAAAGCCAGAAUUUGGAAAGUGGAGGACCAAACUUUGUCCAAGAUAUUCAGUUUUGAAGUAUCAAUUUCUGUUGCAGGGAAAGCCAGAAUGCGGAAAGUGGAGGACCAAACUUUGUCCAAGAUAUGAUGAGAUGGAGACUAUCUUUGGCAAUGAUACUGCCACCAGAGAUUGA